AAAAUAAUUACCUAAUUGAUAACACAAUUUUAAUUUUUUAUCAAAUCAAUUUUUUUCCAACUUAUUUUCACUUUUGAAAAUUGAAAAAAAAUUUUUUUUUGGUAUAAAAGGUAAGAUUUCUGCAAUAUCAAGUCACAUUUCUGUGUUGACUAUAAACUAGAAUAAACAUGAAGGGUGCAAUCAUCAUUUUAUCACUCUUUGCAGUGUCUGCUCACGCACAAACCGAUAACUGUCCAGACUGCGGACCACCAGUCAUUCCACCAAAUUGUGCUCAACCAGACUGCAGCAUCCCAGCAAAUCAACAGAACCGUGCCUUAUUCCCACAUCCUGAUCCAAAUUACUUCUGGCAAUGUGCACCUGGAACUGUUGUUGGAACAUGGGCAGCAAUGGCUAGACCUUGUGCAUGUGGAACUGUCUUCAAUCCAAAUGUAUCACCUCCGAGGUGCACCUUCUGGUUUGAGAGAACUUGGCAACCAAUUUGUGGAUGGGCAAGACCACCAGUAUUAAGAGCAUGUGACCCAUGGUGUCCAGAUUGUAAUGGAGAUGGCUCUGUACCCGGCCCAGUCACACCAUCACCAGUUACACCAUCACCAGUAACUCCAUCACCAGUCACACCAUCCCCACCAGGAUGUAAUUGUCCAUGUGCUCCAUGCGUUUGGUGGCCAUGUCUUCCAUGCAAUCCAUGUGUUUGCUAGUCAAUAUCAAGUCAAUAAAGCAGUUCUUAUUCAACAGGCUAAUUCUUAAGCAGCUUUAAUGUUAAACAGGAAUGUCACAAUGAACUACAAAUAUAAAUAAAUAAAUACACAAGAAAUGAUUUUUAGGGAAAAAUAUUUGGAAUUUUUAUUCAAUUCAAAACUAGCAAAAUGCGAUAAUUUUAGGUUGUUCAUAAAUGAUGUAGACCAGUGAUGACCAACCCGUGUGUCGCAGCACACUAAUAUGUUGCGAAAAAAGAAUUAAUCCCACGAACCGUAUGCCGUGUGCGGUUUUGGAUAUGGUUUACCAUCAAGGUGUGCUGUGGAGCAACGAAGGUUGGUCACCACUGAUGUAGACAUUUUCUGCUAAACUAUUUACAAAUGGAGUCAGGCAUG